AGUAUCUGCUCUCAUGGCUUUGCACUGCACACUGCUUCCUACUGUCAGCCACCACAGCACAGGAACAUCCAACACAUCCAACUGGAACCAUGCAGUCUGCCGAGACCAAAUUCAACAAAAACAGCCUGCUCUUGGCUCUGAGACGAUACAGUUCAACCGUCAGUGACAUGGAGCAGACCAUUCUCCUGCCAAGCCUGCUGCGAGAUGUGCCCUCUGAUGAGGUGUGGGACUGUGACACAGCAGAAGAGUCCUGCAGAGACCUGUAUGACAAGUAUCUGAUGCUCAAGGCCAUAAGAAACACAGCGGAGAGUGGCCUGAUUCCCCUGGAUGACCAUAAUGCCAAGAACAACAUGGCGCUCAACCAGACCCUGGAGCCUCUCUUGGACACAGAUCCUGAAGCUCUCUUCCGUUUCCACCUGAGAGGACUGUUUUCAGUAAUGAGUGUCCUCACAAAGAAGACUCGGGACCUUACUGAGAAAUAUAUGGACAUCAUUGGAGUGGCAAAUUAGAAAACAUAUAAGAUAUGUGGACGUCAAGAAAAACAUCUGGUGUUUUUGUGUUCAUGUCUGAACUAUUUACAUUCAGUGACCUCAUACUUAUAACUUAAAUAAACGUGUGUUACCAAAAUGGAUCAAUUUAUCUUUUAAUUUGCUAACUGUAAUAGUCCCUUGGAAAAGAUAUGGCAAAAAUAUUGAUUGAUUAAAUGAUCAUGACACAACA